GGAAGUGGGCAGUGAAAGCAUCGCAGCUGUUGGUGUCCGAGGCUGCAGGCUGAGAGGCCGAGGUCUGGCCGGGCUUCAGGACCCUGAGCCCGCUGCAGCUUCAAAUCGUAGGAGCGGGGACGAAGGGCUCGCUUCCGGCGUCAUGGCUCAAAGGGCCUUCCCGAAUCCUUACGCCGAUUUUAACAAAUCCCUGGCCGAAGGCUACUUUGAUUCUGCCGGGAGGCUGACUCCUGAGUUCUCACAACGCUUGAACAAUAAGAUUCGAGAGCUGCUUCAGCAAAUGGAGAGGGGCCUAAAGUCGGCAGACCCCCGGGAUAGCACUGUUUACACUGGCUGGGCAGGUAUCGCUCUGCUUUACUUACAUCUCUAUGAUGUGUUCGGGGACCCCGCUUACCUCCAGAUGGCACACGGCUACGUAAAGCAAAGUCUGAACAGUCUGACCAAGCGCUCCAUCACCUUCCUGUGCGGGGACGCAGGCCCCCUGGCCGUGGGCGCCGUGGUGUACCACAAGAUGAACAAUGAGAAGCAGGCAGAAGACUGCAUCACCCGGCUAAUUCACCUGAACAAGAUUGACCUCCAUGCUCCAAAUGAAAUGCUCUAUGGACGAAUGGGCUAUAUCUAUGCCCUUCUCUUUGUGAAUAAGAACUUCGGAGUGGAAAAGAUUGCUCAAAGCCAUAUUCAGCAGAUUUGUGAAACAGUCUUAACCUCUGGAGAGACCCUUGCCAGAAAGAGAAACUUCACAGCAAAGACUCCACUGAUGUAUGAAUGGUACCAAGAAUAUUAUGUGGGGGCUGCUCAUGGCCUGGCAGGAAUUUAUUACCACCUGAUGCAGCCCAGCCUUCAAGUGAACCAUGUGAAGUUACAAAGUUUGGUCAAGCCCAGUGUAGAUUAUGUCUGCCAGCUGAAAUUUCCUUCUGGCAAUUAUCCUCCGUGUGUGGAUGAUAAUCGAGAUCUUCUAGUCCAUUGGUGUCACGGUGCACCUGGAGUGAUCUACAUGCUCAUCCAGGCCUAUAAGGUCUUCGGGGAGGAGCAGUACGUCGACCACGCCUACCAGUGUGCGCACGUGACCUGGCGGCACGGACUGCUGCGGAAGGGCUAUGGGCUGUGCCACGGCACCGCGGGGAAUGCCUACGCGUUCCUCACGCUCUAUAACCUCACGCAGGACAGGACGUACCUGUACAGGGCCUGUAAGUUUGCUGAGUGGUGCUUAGAUUACGGAGAACACGGUUGCAGAACGCCGGACACCCCCUUCUCCCUCUUCGAAGGAAUGGCUGGAACCAUCUAUUUCCUGGCUGACCUCCUAGUGCCCACAAAAGCCAAGUUCCCUGCGUUUGAACUGUAAAAGGAAAGCCUGCCCCCUGCAAUGCACUGCAUGACCCUUUCUGUAUAUCAAACCUGGACUAAGUGCUUUCAUUGCUUUUCAAGGAAACAGAGAGUCAAACCGUGUACUCCAUGGAGUUGAGUUGUUGUUGUUUUUCAGAACUUGCCUUUGGUUCCUUUUGUUCUGUCAUUUACUUUUACUUAAAAGUAUCCAAGGAAAUCUCUUAACUUUAACCUCAAUUCCUUCCUAAAGGUAGGAUGAGUGAUAUGUACAGUGUUUUGAGGGCGUAGGUAUAUAUAUAUUUCAGAACUUGGAGGAAAUCUCUUACUUAAGAUUAUGAAUAUAACUAGCUGUUGCUGUUCUAAAAAUGUUGAAAGGAAACUAAAUGUAGAUAAAUAUAUGGUUAUUGGUGGAUAUUGCCCUCCACCUUUAUAGUAUUUUUCCCCCAAUAGGGCAGACUGUUUUAUGACUUGUUUUUCUUUAGGUGGUUGAUUGUGAAGGGGGACAAAAAUAUUAACCAUAUGCUUCUGAGACAAAAGUUGCACGAGUUGCAGCCUGGUUUAAGGACCGAAAUACCGCUUUUCAAAUUGACAGUGCUGGUUUAACUAGAGAUAAAGAUACUUUCAGAUUUGCUUCCUCUUGGUAGUAAAGCAUCCGGGCCCUAUAAGCCAGCAUUUUUAUCAAAAAGUUCUAAAAUGCAGUGGUGGUUUUGAAAACUCUGAUUUGAAGAUUAGUUUCAAGGUAAGCGAACAAAAAGUUUAUUGUUUCUUCUAAAAUAAGCGAGUGCAUUUUUGAACGAUUUAUUUAAAUUUGUUCUUUGGAAUUAGUAUAAGAUCAGGAGACGAGUUUUCUGUAUGUGAAUGUUGUGACUUAGGAUUUGAGUCCAUCCUGUCCACCCUACCUUCUGAACUUUGACUUGUGUUUUACUUCCUUGGCAGUGACUGUACUUUAGUGCUCAUUCUUUGGUACAAGCCAUAAGAUAUUUUCCUUCCUUUCAAUCUAUCUGGAUGUUUGUCUUUUUACUAAAUAGUACAGUACUCUACAUCUCUUUAAAAGGGGGGAGGAGGGCUAUGUAGCCAAUAACUUGAACAAAAGCACUAAGCUUUCCAUAGAAAUGCUGUUUAUUUAGGAGGUAUUAGCCAGUGAAAAUGUUUAGAACAAAUAGAUCCUAUCUCUUUGCAUAUCCUAGGCUUAACUUAAAUUCCUCAAUUUCUGAGCCCUCGGGAUCAGGAUCCUAUAUUUAUAUGGUAGAUGAAGGAUCCCUGGUGCUUCACAUUCUGUAUAAAUGGUCCGACUCAUCAGCUUCCCCUCCCCUUCCUUCCUUCACUGCCUUUCCCAGGCUGGUUUCAUCCUUUCUGUGUGUUUCGACUGAUUUUAGAACAUUUUGCAGCUUUACAAAACAGGGUCUAAGAAUUUUAAAUGUGCCUAUUUCAUGGCUUUCUCAGUCACAAAAGCAUGCUAUUUUUAUUUUAACUUUGAACCAAAUCCCACUGGGUAUAUGUUGGUUCCUGUGGAUAAUAGUCCCCUAUUAUUUCAUAUUCAGCACCAAAACAGCUUAUAUUAUUGGAAAUUGUCGUACCCUUGAAAGGCUACCGACAGAGGGAUCUAAAAAAACAGCCCACUGCUCAGUUCCUAGGAUUGGCUUAUUCCUCUGUGACUCGUGCCCGUUGGGCAAACCUCGUGCCUCUCAGAUGUCGAAGUGCUGCGGGUGAGCUGUGCCUUUCUCCCAGGCCGUUCCCAUGAGCUGCGGUGGCAUUUAUAGUAAAGCUAAUUUGCCUUGGGCUGGGUGUCCAACUUGAAAGAUUAAAAUCCACUUAGUUUAGUUAAAUGUCUUACUAGACUGUGCCUGUACUUUGAGCUACUAUAAUUACUAACCAAGGGAAAGAGAGCAAAACACACUUUCUCUUAGCCAGAGGAAACUUAAUCAUGGUACAUCUCCAAACAUCUUGAUUAAUUUAACCCCGGGAAGACUUCAAGGCAGGGAGAAGAACAUUCUGAGUAAGAUUCUUGUUAAUAUUUAGAUUGCAAUUAGGGGCACCUGGGUGGCUCAGUCGUUAAGCAUCUGCCUUUGGCUCAGGUCAUGAUCCCAGGGUCCUGGGAUCGAGCCCCGCAUCGGGCUCCCUGCUCGGCAGGGAGCCUUCUUCUCCCUCUCCGUCUGCCUGCCGCUCUGCCUACUUGUGCUGUCUUUCUAUCUCUCUAUCAGGUAAAUAAAUAGGAUAUUUUUUAAAAAUAUAUUUAGAUUGCAGUUUAACUACUGCCAUCCAUCCAUUAACAAAUUUAUCAAUACAAACACAAUUCAGGUCUCAUUUUUUUCUUUAGCUUUUUAGGACUUAAUGAAACUGGCAGGAUUUUCUUUUCCUGCCAUUGUUGGUUUUCUUUAUGGUUAAGAGGUAAGAAAAUUUGAUAGGAUUUUAAACUCAAGCAAAAGCUAUAAAAGUAAGACCAAUGCCCUAAUACCAUUGUGGAAACGGAGCAGCUUUUAUACCAGCUUUCUUAGUUUUAAAAGGAAGAGGCAUCAUUGCAGUUCUCUUUCUGUUACAUCCUUUCCCUCAGAUAUUGUCAUCUUUUUUUUAUUAUUAUUAAAAAAAAAAAAAAACUUUUCAAAAGUUGCUUCCCAAAAAACUCCACACUAUCUCUUCUCUCCCCAUGCCGAGACUUGGGAGUAGAACCUUAAAAGCUUGCUGAGCAGCGUUCAUCUAGCCUGUCAUGUGUUUCUGUCCCCAUAGUGAGGAGACAUUACAGAAGCUAACUCUUCACCAUGGAAAACAUGGGAACGUUAUCACAGCCACUUCCGUCUAGCCCAUGGGGCUUCUUUGGUCUUUCAUCCUUAGAGUCACUGGUCUCCUUUUCAUCUUUGAUGUCAGUUCCGAUUAUUUGGCAUCAAAGCCUUCGUGGUAGGAAGAGUUUGAGGUAAGUGGAUCCAACACCACUUUGCUUCUCAUUUCCACUUCCCUACAUAAUUGAAUUGAGAGACAUACUCUGCUCCUAUGUCCCCGGGUUCGUUUGUGUCUGAUCUUCCAGUGCCCUGCCUUCUGCUAGCUGAUCUGAAAUACAGAAUGUGAAGAGUGAACAUUUACUCAUCUACUCCUUUGGCUGCUGGAACUCAUCGGCAGUCCUUUAUUACUCGUACUGAUUUCUGAUUCCACUUCUGCUUUCCCUAAAUAGGUCAGAGCAUCCUAUUUGCCUAUUGCUGAGUUGUAGAACUUUCUCUCCUGGAGGUGUAAAACAGAGUGUUUGGGAUAUUCAGGGAACCCACCCAAAAGUUAUAUUGCUAUUUACUGGGAAGGGUUGGGAUCAUAAGUAUUUCUGUGUUCUGUAAAGGAUUUCACUUACUGGUUCUCAAUAAAAUUUUAUUAGGACUCUA